AUGCGUCGCAGCUCGCAGUGUCGUGCUCUCUCUGAACUCGGCUUCGAAGAGCAUUCUCGCUGUCACCAGUCGUGUCAUGGGCUUUCGUUGUUCGUCGGGAUGGUGCCCAAGUGCCGCGGCGAAAUGUGCUGCACAGUCGCUGAGCUCGAGUGCUUGAACAGCUCAGCGGAAAGCGGUGCGUCCAAUUUCCAUGCACUCCUGAGCCACGGACAACAUGAAACGGGAAUCCCCUUCGACGAAGAAGAGAGAACAAGGGCAAGGCUGCUCACUGGGCGACGGGGUCCAGGUGAGCGAGCGCCCAGCUCCCCGUCGCGCUCUGCACCGCAGACUUCAGACGCGGACAUGAUCCAACGGGUGUGGUUUGGUGAGCUCUUGCGCGUCUCACAACGUCAACGGUGCUUCUCGUUUCCGGUUUACGUCCAAAAUGUAUACGCCUCGGGUUCGCGAACCGAUGCGACACUCAUGACUCGUCAAGUGUAUAUUCCGCUGCCUCCUUCACCGAACAACACAGAUGGUGAGAGCACCGAUGAUGUGUAUCAGGUCGCGUACGAUGACGAGUACGGACUAAGCUACAAGCAAGUUCGCGAAGCCGGUAUCGCGCUCUGGUUGGCUGCUCAGACUCCGCUGUUUCACCAUUUUGUGUGCCCAUUGAUCGAAGUACGACUCGAUGUGCCUUCUUAUCACCUGCAACAGAAAAGCGGAUACCUCCUUCUUGAGCCGAGGCAGCAUCGAUCACUCGAUCGAGCCAAUGGAAGCGUGAAGCUCACGCUUUUCUACGCUAACGCUCGCUAUGAUUGGUACAAGCAGUCCUUUGACCUUGAGCGAACACGGUUCUUCGCUUUUGAUCUCGUAUUGGCUUUCGCGUUUUGUCAUACGCAGGGAUUUGUACAUCGUGAUGUGCGCCCACAGAAUAUUGUCGCGAUGCAGACAGGGAAACACGAGUCCUGCUCGUGCGCGGUGCACGAGACAUUUGCGCUCAUCAACUUCUCUCUCGGCCGCGAGGCGCCCCUUCAAGUAUAUGAGCCGACAGGAGACGCCAGCGAUGGCGAUUCGCUUCAUCGAAACAGCAGCAGAAGCACAUUUGAAGCCCUAACGCCGGUCGUAGCCACUUUGUGGUACCGUGCACCCGAACUGCUCCUGGGAUCCCGUCGAUACAGCGCGGCUGCUGAUCUAUGGGCUGCGGCCUGCGUCAUUGCGGAAGUUGCCAAUGUGCACGAUGCCAACGAGGAUGAGCGGGCCCUAUUUCGUGGGCAAAGCGAAGUGGACCAGCUGCGUCUUAUCGCGGAGGCCGUUGGUGGCCCGCUAGAUGACGGCUGGCAUAGCCAGCCAGAAGCCAGCAGGCUGCCGCAUUUCGGCAAUGGACUGCAGGUCCCGCGCAUCGAAGCCGCCCUGAGCACCAACAGUCCGUUGCGGGCUCGUUUUGAAAAGUGUUUCGGCUCUGAUGGGCUCGACUUGAUGCGGCGCCUCCUGCAUCCAAAUCCGACCAAGCGUCUGAGCGCCAUGGAGGCGCUGGAGCAUCCCUAUCUUGCAGUUGUUGGUGAUCGUCUCAGUGCAGGAUGCUGUCGUGGCGAAGCGCUGGCGCACCUUCGCAUACAACAGCAGCGGAUUCAGCGUCUAUGUGAGUACGCAGCCGAAUCCAAAGAAAAUCUCUCUGCAAUGACAACGCCAUCCAAGAGCGAUGGUGUAACGCGUCAUCCUAAGAUACCCUGGCAGCAUUGGGAGCGCGCGUUCAACCUUCUGAAACAUCUGAGUUUGCCUCAGUCGGAGCGUCCGAACGCUGCGGCGCUCUCUGCUUCCAUCAAAACCGCCGUGCAGCCCUUUUAUGGACAUGUGCCUCGCGGGCAUUCGCGUCUCAGCUCAGCGCCGUGUGUGCCAGACCUGCUGCGUUGCAAAUGUCUCAUGGCUGCAUUCAUCCACGAACAUGCGCUCUCGCCCCGGACGCUGCACCUCGCGUGGAGCUAUUUCGACAUCAUCUGCUCCAGUCAGCGGGAACCUUUUGUUCGCUUCCCCACAUCUCGACGACACCGCUUGCAACGCACCGACUGGCUUGCUGUAGGUGCUACCAUGCUCGCCAUUAAGUACAAUGAGGUGACAAACCCCGGCACUGAGGAGCUCGCUCGCUUCUUUGCGCUACAGUUUGAGUGGCGAGACCUCUUCUACGUGGAACUCUGGUGUGCCGACGUGCUGGGAUUUUCGUUCGCAUGGCCAACCGAAUGGGACGGCUUCUUGCUCGCCUGGCGCGCUGCCCAGCACCAAACGAGUUCGCACGAUCACGCUCACAUCCAGCGCACCGGAGCGUAUCUGCUGGAACUCUGUAAUCUCUAUCGCACAGUCCAGGAAUGCGGUUCGCCCACAGCGGCACACGUCGGAGACAGUCUCUCGCUCGGCGCUGUCCUUGCCCAAUCGCUUUGCCAAGCCAGCGUGCUUUCCGCAUCGGACGCCAAACACAUUGCCCAGAUUCUGCAGGCGCUCUACUGGGCAGAGAAUCAACCACUUUUGAGGGAACUCAUUCAGCCGGCCUAUCCGGAGGUGACUUUUCACGAAUGCAUCGAGGAGCUGAGUUCGAUUGUUAUGAAUCUUCAAGCUCGUGCGCUAUCCUGGACCGAGGCGGCACAGCAUCGGACGUCUCUUUCGCCGCUAACACCCGCCGAAAGAUGGAACAAGAUCCCUGAUGACUCCUGCUCUCCAACGCCCAAACGUCAGCGAAUCGCUGGCGCGGACGUUGCCAAACCGGUUGCUUUCCGCAUGUCGCUCGAGACAACAUCCUCGGCAUUCCCGGAAUUGCUUGGGAAAGCGUCCCAUACCGACGGGGUGUCGUCCAACGAGGCAAGCUUCGUUGUACCGCGCGCUCGUCCGGGCGCUCGUGUGCACCCGGUCAACGCGCUCGGUGAUGCGGCGAGCGCUCGCGAUAUCCUGCGGCACUUGUUCACGUACUUGUCGUUUCCCGAGCUGCUCCGCCUCCGUCAAGUGAGCCGCACCUGGCGUGCGGUCGUUGAGGACACCCCAGCACUUUGGCGAGUGCUGGAUCUUAGCGGCAGCUGCGACCUGAUAAGCGACGACGUCCUCCUGAACCUGGUGCAACGUGUGGAGCAGCUCAUCUGUCGCCUGCAUUUGCAACGAAGCCCCGUUCGCAUCUUGGAUCUCAGCGGCUGCUGGCGCCUUACCGCUGCGGGCUUGGGGAAUGCGUUGCACUCGCCGGCACUCUCACAUUUGCGAGUCCUGCGACUCGCGGAACUCAACCCACAGGCACUGACAAACGAGUUGAUGCUCAGUGCGCUCCCGCCGAUGCUAGAAGAGCUCGAUAUUCGCGCGACACCCGGAAGCGGUUGUCUCCAUCACCCCGAAAUCUUCGCACAUCUGCUGCGGUUGCCUCUGCGAGUUUUGAACGUUGCCGAGCACCCCGGUUUGCGCAUCUCGACGACGGUGUUGCAAGAAGCGUGCAACUCGCACGGUGUCGGUUUUCCGGGGCUCGAGGUCUUUGUUGCGCACGGUUGUUCGCUGGCGCUGGACGGCCCCCUGGUGGAGCGCCUGCCAACGCUCCGACUGCGCCACUUGGACUGGUCAUUCGUGUCGUUUCUCGACGAGUCCGUGCCCCGCGAUACAGCACCUGCAUCUGGGCUGCCCGAGCAGAACCCUCCAAGCGUCGCCCUGGUACUUCAUCUUGCCCGACGGGCACCGUCCUUAGAGACCUUGCGUCUCGCGCACUGGCCUAUGCUCACGGAUCGCAGCGUUACCCAGCUCUGUCAAGCACUGCCGGUCCCCGGUCGCCUGCGGGAACUGAACCUCAUGAUGGCGUGGGAGCUCACUGAUCGCGCAGCAGACGUGAUCGCUCACCACCUGCACGGCCUGCACAGCUUGGACCUUUCAUCUACAGCAGUUCGACGGCCGUUUUUGAGCCUCUUCCCGGAAGACACGCGGCAGCUCCUCCAGCAAGGUCGAGCGUGUGCGCGUCGACACCUACCGUUGCCGCAGCUGCAGUGCCUGGUCCUGAACUUCACCGCCAUUGGCGACCGCGAUCUCUACCGGCUGGUGCCUUGCCUCGCGUCGCUGGACCGCUUGUUUCUCGUUGGCACGUUUCCUAGUCGGGUUGCGUCUGCGGCCGGCACACCGGAUGCGCUCUUGACGAGCGGGAACGCGUUACAACCUGUUACACCAGGAGAUGCCGAGCGGUUUCUCUGUGGGUUGCUCGCUCACUUUCGACAAGGCUGGAAUAGGGCGCGCGACACGGAGCUGGACAGGGCAAGCAACCCCCUGACCCUAGUCCUCUCGUCGGACGUUCGCGUGAUAGAGUAA